UUCUCCUCCCUUCUCAUCGAGAAGCUCUCCCGCUCCAUCACCCAUAUCAAUUUCUUCUCAAUUACCAGCCCCUUCAUCGGGAUUUCAGUUUCUUCCCUUCAUCGACGAUGGAUUUUCACAGCCUUACAAGGAAGGAGCUCCAAACUCUUUGCAAGAAGAAUAAAAUUCCGGCCAACAUGACCAACGAUGCCAUGGCUGAUGCUCUCAAGGCUCUCAAGAAUGUUGAAGGAAUUGAAGAUGUUAUAGUACCGACUACUGUGUCUGAAAAUCCACAAUCGGCGGCAGAAUCGCCACAAAAGACAGAGAAUAGAUCUCCGGAUCUCCCUAAAACCUGCCGCAGAACUUCGACUCGCCGGAAACCCGUUAAAGAUCUGGACGUUCUGAUCGAGAAUGAACCCCCGAGUUCUCUGCUUGGUACUCGCACUCUCCGGAGUACAAGAAGAAGAACCGUUCAAGAAAAGGAACAAGAGAAAGAAAACCCCAACAUUUUAACCGAAAAACCAGCUGAAGAUAACGUAUCGGCAAUACUACAAACACCCAUUCCCCAAAAUUCACGAAGAAGAACGACAGUCGUCGCUUCUCGCCAAAGGGUUAAUACCCAUAUAAAAGAAGAUAAAGGAGGAAAAGAUGAGAAACAGGAGGAGAAUCCUCCUUCUCGUGUUUACAAUACGAGGCGAUCUACAAGGUUGUCUGGGAAGAAGCUACUCGAAUCGACUCAGAAGAAGGGAAGAGGGAAAAGAGAAGCCAUUAAGAUUUCCGCAUUGUCGGAAGAAGAAUCCCAAGAAUCGGAGAAGAAAGAAAUAGACGCAUCUGAGAAAUCUGAUGCUUCUGAAAUCGUCUUGCCCGGACGGUCACCCAAAUCGAUGUGCAAUGCAAAUGACGAUGUCCAGGAAGACAGAGGGUCUAUUGAUGAUGUUGUUCUUGUUGCUACUGAAUCUGUGCUUUUGGAUGGGGUUUCGUUUAGUGAGUUUCCGGCAAUCAAGGAACUUGAUGUGUUGCCAGAAGCCAACAACCAUGACAUUUGUGAAAAAGACACGUAUGCCGCUCAAUCUGAGGAUGCUGCUGCAAGUGAUGAGUCUAUUGUUGAAGUUUCCAGUGGAAUCAAAGAGCAAGAUGAAUGCAAUGCGGAUGAUUGCUGCCUUGAGGUUGUGCAAGACAGGAAGUUUGAACAAGUUCUGGAGAGCAAUGGUUCUAAUGUAGAUGCGGUGGAAGACCACCAAAGCACGACCUGCGAUUCGGGAAGUGAAGUUACUUCUCAAGAUGAUCCGGAAGUGUUCGAUGAAAUUAUGUCUGAAGUUGCAAUUGUAGAGUGCCAAAGUAAUUUAGAGUAUGAAUAUAGUGCAGAAGCAGAAGCGGAUGGUAAAAACCCAAAUAUGACGGAGGUUCCAGCUCUUCUUGAUGGCCAAGUAUCCUGUCAAUUACCUCUGGAAUGCCGGAAAACUGGUUAUGUUUCACAGGAGGAGCUAGGGUCUUUGUAUUCUUGUCCUGCUAAGAGUCCAAAGGCCUUGGGCACCAAAGAAUGCAAUCAAAGCGAUGAUCAACCAAUUCCAGAGCAGGAGAAUGGAAUUGAUCAGUUGUCUGCAGAGGUUCCAAUCAACAUGCAAUUUGAAAUGGAAUACUCUGUCCCUGAUCAAUUGCAGAAAUGUGGUCCUGUUAUUGAGCAAGAAAACGUCAAAGAAGAAUUCUGUGGUGAAGUUUCAGUUGAAGAAAGUAUAAUGGAAAUUAAUUCUAUCACAGGGCAAUCUGAGACAAGCGAUGGAAUUCUGGAGUCGGGUUCUGGCGCUGAUUCAUUGCCACUUGAUGGUCCAGAUGAUGUGGUAUUGGAGGUUGAGAGAACUGUCAUUUUGGUGGAAAAGAAAGCUGUCAUCGAUCAGUUUGAUGGUGCUGACCAUGAAAAUCUGAAGGCAGAGAGUCCAAUUGCUGAAGGUCUCUCGAGUUUGGAGCAGACUCCAAUGUCCCAUGAAGACAUUUCAACCACAGGAAGCAGUAUCCUUGAGGCUACUGUGACCAAGGUUCCAAUCAGCUUUGCAGCACCUGAUUCGGGUUCCAAUCAUCAUCUCCCACUUCAAAUUGAAGUGACACCGAAGAAGUCAUCCAACAUGAAGCCAAGAACGCCACUUCAAAGGACAAUCAAAGUCUUGGAGGAUGAUGAAGAGAACAUUGACAACAGUGCCAGAAAACUGGGUGUUGGCAGUGGAAUUAGAAAUGCCAAGCUGUUAACAGUUGUUGCAGAAGAGAAGGAGAACAAGAACAAAGGUGAGGAAAUUGCACAAAAGGCACUGAAGGAAAUCAGUCUAAGGCAACUGAGGAAGAUGUUCAAAGAGAAGCUGCAGAUUGAAGGGCCAAAAAACAACGACAAUAACAAGGAGCAGCAAUUGGGAAGGACAAGAACAGCUCUGCAAGAUCUGACAGGGAACCAGUUGGCUUCGGAAGGAAAAGAAAACUGAGAUCACUUAUGGGCUUGAGUUUGGUGUGGUUACAAGUUUUGGUUACUUGCAGUAUGGUACUUGCAGUGAUGGGGUUGAAACCUUGGUUUGCCCCACAUAUACCUUUUUCUUUUCAGUUUUCUUGGGUCGGUAUGGUGCAAGCAGGGCCUGGCUUGGCAAAUAAGAUCAAGAGGAGUGUCAGUUGAUGAUUCUAUAUUCAAAAAGAUUAUACCAAUAAAUUGGAUGUUCUUUGAUAUUUCACUAAAUUGCUUCCCUGCUGAAUUCUUAGGCGCUA